AUGUCCUCCAUCAUUCCCUCGGCGCCAUGCACUGCUUGCAAUCACCCCCGACCUCCGAAUUCCGGAGGCAUGUUCACCUCGUUCCGCUCCUCGCUGGCUGCCAUGCGGUCCCAGGCUCAGCAGGCUGGAUGCGUAACUUGCUGGAUCUUGUGUGAGGGGAUACGCCACUACCUCGAAGACAAACAGGGUAGAGAGGACUCGGCAUACGGCGAUGUGGAUACCGUGCAGAUCAACUUGAAUGUGGCGAGCACGUCUGCCAGGAGCGUGGAAGUUGUCUUAUUUUUUGAGACACCAGUUACGUUGAGUUUCUUUUGUGAGGAGCAAACCCCAUGGCUCGCGCAGCACAUGCCAGACAUCCCUUUGGGAAACGCAAUUCCUCACUCAACCUCCUCUUCUGAAAGCCUCACCUGGGCAGCAGACCGAAUCCAGCACUGCAUUGACUCUCACGAGCCCUGCAGGCAUCAGUCUCCCGACUGCCCUCUCCCAACUAGACUACUAGACCUCACCGCACCAGUCCCAAGCGGUAUCCGCCUAAUCGAGUCAUCAUCCCUGCCAUCCCAAUCCCCAUACGCCUGUCUUUCCCAUUGCUGGGGCAAAUCCCCCUUCCUGCGAACCCUGCGCCAGAACCUUCCUUCUCUCAAGCAGGAGAUUGACUGGGAUUCUCUACCUAAGACCUUCCAAGACGCAAUUAGCUUCACACGCAGACUAGGGAUUUCGUACCUGUGGAUCGACAGCCUGUGUAUCGUGCAAGAUGAUGAAGAUGAUUGGCGGAAGGAGGCAGCGAAGAUGGCCGGGAUUUAUCGCGGAGCGAGGGUAGUCAUCUCGGCGGCGAGAGGAACAGACGCGGGGAAGGGGAUGUUUAGCUCUUUGGAGGGGGAUUGGACCAAAAUCUGCACAGUCAGGUUAACUCCACCAACGGGGAGAGGGGAUGGAGGAGAGAAGAAGAGGGAAGAGAGGAUCUACGUCCGCCGUGCAAUAGCCCACAUCACCCGGCCGAGGUUGCGAUACAUGGCUGAUAUCACGUCUACGUGGUAUCCGCUUUUCACCAGGGGAUGGGUCUCGCAGGAGCGGCUGCUUGCCCCGCGAAUCGUGCAUUUCGGAUGGCAAGAGCUGACGCUUGAGUGCCGUGCUCACACGCGUUGUCAAUGCACGCCUGUUUCUGCAGCCGAUUACUCUGAUGUGAAUAGCACGACGGCAAAGUUUCACGAGAGGCAUACCCUGCCGAAACGGUACUACUUCCCCUCGCCACAGUCGAACCCAACCCUUGGGUCAACUGCCGGCGGCUCAACCAUUGAUAGCAUUCGGGCUCUACGAACACGCUGGCGCCACCUUGUUGAAGACUACACUCGCCUCCACCUAACUUUCCCGAAGGAUGUGUUCCCUGCCAUAUCGGGGGUUGCUCGCGCGAUGAUGUUGUCCCCUUCUCUUUCUCCCCCAGCUUCUCGCUCGUCGCAUAAAAGUGGGUCCAACUCCCCGAUAGAUAUGGAGACCAUGUCGGAGUUGAAGUUACACACGGAAGCGGGGUGGAUCUACGCUGCGGGGUUGUGGUGGGGUCCUGUUAUGACAUCAUCCGAUUCUGCCGAGACGGAUCAGAGACCCGACCCGUUGGGAGAGCUCGUUGACCGGGGGAGUUACCUCGUGGUGAAGGGCGUCAUGAUCCCGACUAAAUUAAGGGUGAACUUGACUGUAAGGGAUGCAGUUCAGCCGUGGAACGCGAUCGAUUUGGAUGUGUUGAUGGGGUAUGUGAAGAAUGUUUGGGCGGAUGAGGACUGCAGGGAUUGGGCAGCCGGUGGGCAAGAUCAGAUGGUAUGGUGUUUGCCUUUGGGGCAGACCCUGCCACGGGGGGAGUUGAUGUGCUUGGUACUGGUCGAGACGCCACGAGAUGGGAGUAUCGCUGCGAGCGAGAGACUUCCACAGGAGGAAGAAGAGUUGUAUAAGAGGGUUGGGCUGGUGCAGGUUUUGGGCGGGCCACCGGGUCAGGGACUGGACGUUUGGAUGGAGAGACUGCUGCAGAAGGGUGAUGAAAGAGUCGUGAGGGUCGUGUAA